CAGUGCUUCCUCUUCCACAGCGACGUGUCAUACGAAGGCAAAGACCAAAAAGUAAAAGUUUCCUGAAAUUUCGCAUGUAAUUGCUUCGCAAGGAGCACAACUACGUUUUAAAGCUGCCAAUAGCACACCCCGACACACAGCCAACACGCCAAGAUGGUUUUAGCAGAUUUAGGAAGGAAAAUAACAACGGCUCUGCACUCGCUGAGCAAAGCCACAGUUAUCAAUGAGGAGGCCCUGAAUUCCAUGCUGAAAGAGAUUUGCGCAGCGCUGCUGGAGGCUGAUGUAAACAUACGACUGGUGAAGCAGCUGCGCGAAAAUGUGCGAGCCGUCAUUGACUUCGAUGAGAUGGCCGGGGGCUUGAACAAGCGCCGCAUGAUCCAGUCGGCCGUGUUCAAGGAGCUGAUAAAACUGGUGGAUCCGGGCGUCAAGCCGUAUCAGCCAAUCAAGGGAAAGGCGAACAUUGUCAUGUUUGUGGGUCUGCAGGGAUCCGGCAAGACCACAACCUGCACCAAGCUAGCCUAUCACUACCAGAAGCGCAACUGGAAGUCGUGCCUUGUGUGCGCGGAUACGUUCCGUGCUGGUGCCUAUGACCAGAUCAAGCAGAAUGCCACCAAGGCUCGCAUUCCGUUCUACGGCAGCUAUACAGAAAUCGAUCCCGUCGUCAUUGCCCAGGAGGGUGUGGACAUGUUCAAGCGCGAGGGAUUUGAGAUGAUCAUUGUGGAUACUUCCGGACGACACAAGCAGGAGGAAUCGCUGUUCGAGGAGAUGUUGGCGGUUGCAAACGCCGUGAAUCCCGACAACAUCAUCUUCGUGAUGGACGCCACCAUUGGACAGGCUUGCGAGGCUCAGGCGAAGGCUUUCAAGGACAAGGUUGACAUUGGCUCAGUGAUCAUCACCAAGCUGGAUGGCCAUGCCAAGGGAGGUGGUGCCCUGUCUGCUGUAGCAGCCACACAGUCGCCCAUCAUCUUCAUAGGCACAGGCGAGCACAUUGACGACCUGGAACCCUUUAAGACGAAACCCUUCGUUAGCAAGCUCCUCGGGAUGGGCGACAUCGAGGGCCUGAUAGAUAAGGUCAACGAGCUGAAACUGGACGGAAACGAAGAGCUUCUCGAGAAGAUCAAGCAUGGCCAUUUCACAAUACGCGAUAUGUACGAGCAGUUCCAGAAUAUCAUGAAAAUGGGUCCCUUCUCGCAGAUCAUGAACAUGAUCCCUGGCUUCUCGCAGGACUUCAUGACCAAGGGCGGCGAGGCGGAAUCGAUGGCUCGCAUUAAGCGAAUGAUGACCAUGAUGGACAGUAUGUCCGACAACGAACUGGACAACCGUGACGGAGCCAAGCUCUUCAGCAAGCAGCCCACGCGCUGCAUACGUGUGGCCCAAGGAGCAGGAGUGCUGGAGCGCGAGGUCAAGGAGCUGAUUGCCCACUACACAAAGUUUGCAGCAGUCGUGAAGAAAAUGGGCGGCGUCAAGGGUCUGUUCAAGCAGGGUGACAUGACCAAGAAUGUAAAUCCCAACCAGAUGGCCAAGCUCAAUCAGCAGAUGGCCAAGAUGAUCGAUCCCCGCAUGCUUCAGCAGAUGGGCGGCGUAGGCGGACUCCAGAACAUGAUGCGGCAGCUGCAGCAAGGAGCGGCGGGCGGCUUGGGUGGACUGGGGAACCUGAUGGGAGGCUUUGGUGGCAAGUGAGGCCAGUCGCGAGUGUAAAUUUAUAGAUUUUUGUAUGAUUUUGUUUCUACGUAGUUCAGUUUUUAGCAAUAUGUUUAUUAACGGUUGGCCAGUGCCCGUGCCCGUUCCCGUGCACUGGGACAGUGCGUCAAUUUCCCAUUGUUCAAGACCAAAAAACAAAAAAAAUUUAGAUCGGUGUGAGAGCGAGAACAAGAGAGAAAAAAAAACGUAUAAACAAACA